AUGGCCGCAGGGAGCGCGGGGGAGGGCGCUGGAAGCAACACGGAGCUCCCGGACGCCGGCCUCGACACGGGGCGGCCGGCUGCCCCAGAGUCCACCAUGGGUGGCGAGACGUCGUGCAUCAUAUGCUUCGAGCGGCCGAAGUCUCACCUCGCGGUGCCGUGCAGCCACUUGUGCGUCUGCGGUCCAUGCUCCGAGCUGAUGCGAGAGUGUCCGUACUGCCGCGAGCCAGUGAUGAUGUGGCUCGCCCCGCGGCCUGUGUGA